CAGUCUUGCCAUUAGACGGCCUCCAUCCACCAUCUUCUUCUCAACCCCGAACCCACAAGCCCCCAACCCAUGGCCGCCGCCGCCGCGGUCGCUGUCGCCACUGGCGCCGACUGGACCGUCGUCCGCCGGCGUGGCGGCCGCCGCAGGGGAGACGCCACGGUCACCACCUCCCACCUCGACGCCCCGCCGCCACUCCCGUUGACCCCGAUCCCCUGGGCGCCCUCCGACCCUUCCCUCGAUCCGGCCCGCGUCUCCCGCCUCCUCGACCGCGCCCGCGCCGCGAUCUCCCGUGUCGAGGCAUCCCGCCUCUAUCGCCGCCUCCUCCUCCCCGACUCCCCGCUCUGCUGCCGUCUCGCCUCGCUCGGCCCCGCCCGCCUCUCCCUCCUCGGCGUCGGCAGCUUCGAGUCCUCCCCGGCCGCGCGCCUCCAGCUCGCGCUCGCGGCCCUCCUCCGCCGCGACCUCCUCGCGGGCGCCUCCGCCACGGCCGACCUCUUCGACCCCGUCCUCUCCUCUGUUGAGUGCGCCGUCGCCGUCGCCCUCGGCUUCGCCGUCCCGAGCCUCGACGACGGGUGCGGCCGCCGCGUGGAGGAGCCCACCCUCUUGUACAUGCCCCACUGCGAGGCGUCGCUCUACGACGCGCUGCUCGCGGCCAACUGGGAGCCCCGCGCUCAGCUCCGCCGCGUCUGCGUGCUCGGCAACAGCUUCCGGCGGUACGCUCUGCAGGCGGAAGAGAACCGCUCGGGGCCCGCCGCCAAGGCCAAUCUUGUCCUCAAGGCAGGGCGGUUCGCGUGGGAGCAGCGGAUCGACGAGGCCGGGGAUGUGGACGACGAGGACUGGUUCGCCCGUGCGUUCAACGAGACGAGCUGGCAUUUCUUCGAGGUGGACGAGGACGUCGACCAGAGGACGGAGAUAAGUUCCCAAGCUUUGUCCUUUGAGAAAUUAUCACUGUAACCCAAUGUUUUACUUGCUUCGAGAUGCAUUUAGAGAUUCAGGGUUGGCAUCUUCACAAAAUUUGUUACUGCAAUUCUGUGAUUGUAUACUAUAGUAUUUGAUUAGAGAUGAAUUCACAAAUUCGGAGUUAGCAUCUGAGCAUAAUUUAUCACUGUAAUUCUAUGAUUGUAUUACUUGAUUGGAGAUAUAUUCAAAGAUUCAGAGUUGGCAUCUUAAUGAAA